AAGGAAUUUUGGGUCUGAGCGGCCACCGUAGUAGCGGCGCUCUGAUCCCCAUGACAACAGGGAGAAGCAGCGGGAGGCUUCUGGGCGGUGCAGUAGCUGCGGCCGAUUGGAGCAAACAAGGAGCGGAAUCCGUGAACUGCCCGCGGCCCCGAGGGCGCAGCUCCUGGACUGACUGGCGCUGUCCUGCCCAAUGGACGUGAGUCCUACCCCUCUCUGGAGCGGCCCCCUCAGCGCCCUCCACUCACCCUGACUUUGCCUGCCUUGGAGCCUGGACUGGAGAGGGGGCUCUUUACCCAACAUAGACCCUUCCAGCUCAGGACAAGAGCUGUGAGACAGAAAGAGAGUUGCAGGGACGGCCUUCCCAUGGAAGGGCACAUCCCACUCUGGCAAGAUGAGGAGCUAGCCAAGCAACAGAGAAGAAAAGGCAUCCCAGGCAGAAGGAACAGCAUGGGCAGAGAGGCCUCCUCUAGCCCGUGGAAUCCAACCCCGGCUCCCGUCAGCAGCCCCUCCCUGCUGCUCCCCAUCCCUGCCAUUGUCGUCCUCGCUGUGGGCAUCUAUUUGUUGCUGCUGGGCCUAGUGCUGCUGACUAGGCACUGCCUGCUGGCCCAGGGCUGCUGCACAGACUGCAGCUCCCCCUGCAGGAAGCAAGGCGCCUCCAAGCCCCAAGACUGUUGCUGGACCUGCGCAGAAGCCUGUGACUUUCCUCUGCCCAGCCCAGCCCACUACCUGGAUGCCUGCUGCCCCCAGCCCGCCGAAUCUGAUUGGGCCCCUCGCUGCCCUCGCUGCUGCCCGCUCUGUGACUGUGCCUGUGCGUGCCAGCUUCCUGACUGCCAGAGCCUCAACUGUCUCUGCUUUGAGAUCAAGCUCCGAUGACAAGACGCAGGGUCCCUGCCCUUUGGGGAGCGGCCAGCUCCCAGGGCCCACAGGCCCUGUACCCUGAGGGGCCUCAGGACACUUUUCUCCAGGCUAUUGGAACCACAAAUGGACUACCCAGCUCACCAGCCUGGCAACCAGCAGUGGAGAGCCUGCCUCCCUGCAGAGUGGGACUCAAGGAGCCCUCCGCCAGCGGCAUGGCGGCCCCUUUGGAGGGCCAGAAGAGAGAGUGGCUGGUGCUCUGCCAGGUGCCCCUGCCCUCCUCUCCCCCUCUCCCAAUCCCUGUCCAAAGAUUUCUCCUGACAACCUUUUGAGGGCAUCAGUCUGGAUUUCCAAGGAAGAAAUUUCCUCUGAAGUACUGGUGAGUGGACAGGGGACCCUCCCCCCACCCCCAAAGAGGCAGGCCCACAGCUUCCUCCCCAUCCUUCACUUUAGGCCCCCAGCUGGCAUGAAUGUCAGGAGCUUCAGGUUUCCCUAAAUAUAGAUCCCCUGCCAGGGGAUCUGUGGUGAGGAAAGGGCAAGGGUCACCGGAGAAGGUCGGGGACAUUGGUUGGGGGUAGGGCAGGAGCUGCCUUAUAACCCAGCCCGGGUGUGGCCUGACUCACUCGCUGCUGACCAGGCUCUGCCCGCUCCUUCGGCCUCCUCCUCGCAGGUGGGCGCCAGCAGGACGGAGCGGGGGUGGGGCUGGGCUGAAGGCGUCGGGAUUAAGAGGGGAGACCUGGCAGGUAGGAUGGGGAGGCUAGAAAAAUAUCUGGGAGGCUGACAGCGGGCGGACGGAUUUUAUUUUGGAGAAGGAAGUCAGUGCCAGGGAGAAGUUUCGCAGGGACUCUGGCCCCGCAUCCCCAGACUUGCUUGGGCAGAGCAGUAGCCGGCGGGUUUCCGCUGGGUCUGGCUUUCGGGGGGCGGCCCGGGCGGCAGGAGCCAGACCCGCCGGAAUGGGGCGCAGAUGUCUCCCCGCGGGACACCCGGAACCGCUGCCGCCUCGCCUCCGCCCCUUGCCAACCCCUGCCGUCUCCUCGCGCUCCCCGUGCGUGCCCUCGCCGCCCUCUCUUCCGCCGGGGCUUGCAGUCGCUUGACCUCUGGAUUCGGUUACAACGCGACGCACGCUGCCUCAGCGCAGCCGGAAGCUGGGGCUGCCCCGGGCCGCUGGACUGGGCCCCUGGCGGGGGAAGCUGAGCCUCAGUCUUCUCGGGCUGUGCCACCCGCUUUUCUCCGACCCGACCCCCACCGCAUCCCCAUCUCUGCCGGUGCCCCAAAUCGGCUGAGUCACAGCGCCCCAAAGCACGCCAAGCGGGGGGGGGGGUGGGGGGAGGAGAAGGGAGAGGGAGGGGAGGGCCCCCGCGACCCGCGGGAUGUGGCCCGAGUCACGUCCGAGGGGGACGGGGUGGGGGAAGGGAUCGUGUUCUCGCCGCACUGUCGUCGCCCAA